AUGGGGGAUAUGAGUUAUAGAGAGUUGUCUAACCGACUUGCAAAAUCCGAGGAAGCCCUAGAUACAUUGAAAGGCAAGUAUAAAGCCUCACUUGCUAAGAGAAGAGAGCUUGCAAAAAAAAUGGUGGAUUUGAAUGAAAAUAGUUCUUCUUAUGAAGCAAACAUGGAUACAUUGGUUACUGAAGUUGAAAAACUGGAUGAUGAGAAGGCAAACCUGAGGAGAGAGUUGGAAGCCCUAUUUAUUAGGAUGAUUCAAGAGCUUGAAGCAAGGAGGACAACUCAAGACAAGAUCAGAGAAAAGGAACAUGAGAUAUUUAAGCUGCACCAGGAGAAAAAGAUGCAUGCAAGAGAGAGGAUACCAACACGGGUUGUUAAGAGAUAUGAGGAUACCAUCUAUUUUUUGGUUGACACAGACACAUGUCAGAUGGAGGCAGUUGAUCCUAGGAUAACUUGGGUGAUGCCUAUGGGCUACAAAGUUGAAAAAGAUAUUUUGGUGGCAUAUGCAGAACACUUGCUAGCACAACCGGUAGAUACUACUGCUAAGAGGUUUAGAACCUAUAAGGAGAAAUCUAUUGAGGUGCAUUCUGAGCUUUCCAGAUUAGUAAUUUCUAAGAAAGUGAGAAAGGAAGUUGAGAAGUUUUCUGAGCAACAAGGAUUUACUAAGGAGGCAAUAGCAGAAGCUAGAGAAAAAUAUGAAGCUAAACAAGCAAGAGAAUCUAGUGCUCCAACCGGUACCAGCACUGAUAGACAAACAAGGAGUACAAUGGUGAAGGAGAAACCUACAAAGGCAAAGAAGGAGAAAACUUCUAAGAUACAAUUCAAGAGAAAAGGUAAAUUCAUUGAGCCCCCUACACCUAAAGCACACAAGGUGAAAGAAGUUUCCAGGAAGAGGAAAAGGGAGCAAGCAAAGAAACCGACAGUUGAUGAUGAAGAAGAAACUGAAUCCAAAGAUGAUGAUACAAAAGUUAAGGUAGCUGGUACUGAGGAGGAAAAAAAAGAUGACACUGAGGAUAUACAGAAUGAAGAUGUUCAGAUGACUGAACAACAGGAACAUUAA